AUGGAUGCUGAACAAAUUCGAGAUGGCGUAAAGUUUAUGCAACAGGGAGAAAAGGCAGCAUCUAAAGGAUUAUUCAGAAAACCAGAUUGGGAUAUUGCUGCUGGUUACUACGAGCGUGCAGCUACGGCUUUUAAAAUUGCAAAAUCAUACGAUCAAGCGGUACAAGCCUAUGCCAAAGCUUCAGAAGCUCUCUUUAAAGCCGAUGCUAUUCAUUUAGCAGGAAAGGCCAUGGAGAGCGCUGCAUUUAUUCUGGCUCAAAAUUUAAAUCAACCUCAGCGUGCGGCAGAAGCCUAUCAACGUGCCAGUGAUUAUUUCAUGACACAAGGAAGUAUCGAUCGUGCUGCUGAACAAUUGGACAAAGCUGGAAAAGCAUUGGAAAACGUGGAUGUCAAUGCAUCGUAUGAAAUGUAUAGUAAAGCAUGUACAUUGUACGAGCAAGAGGACCGAGGAAGAUUUGCUGUGGAUAUUUUUAAAAGAGCCAUUGCAUUAUUAAUCCGAAACAAAAAAUAUGAUAAGGCCAUCGAUAUGCUGAGACGUCAAUCAGUAAUCCUUCAAAAGUUCACCAGUCGUUCUCAUUUGUAUAAAGCCAACCUUAGUAUUUUGAUCUUAAUAUUGGCGAUUGGAGAUGAUGUAGAAGCUGGUAAACAAUUCAGCUACAUGUGCGGUGAGGAAGCAGAAAUUGGAGAGGAUCUGUUAAAGGCAUACGAUACCAGAGAUCAAGAACUCUUGGAACAAACCGUUCGAUUACAACAUGUGACAUUUUUGGAUAAUGAAGUAGCGAAAUUGGCUCGAUUAUUAACUGUACCUGGUGAAGUCUUGUCUAACUCAACAUCACGAAAGGACAAUCACCAUCACCGACAACAACAACAGCAACAACAACAACAACAACAUGCGGGAGGAAGAAUGCCUUCGAAUACAACUCAAGAUGAGGACGAUGAUGAAGGUUUAAGAUAA